GUGCCACGUGUGACUCUACAUGGCAACUUGCCAUCGCAUUUUGGAACCAUCCAUACACAUCCAUCGCCACAAUCCCACUCUUCUUCUUCCUCUCUUCUCCCAUGGUGCUUCUUCUUCUUCAUCAUCAUCACCAUCUUCUUCUUCCUAUUCAAUUCAAUCAUCCAUGUUAAAAUUCCAUCUUCAACCUCUUUCAUUUUCCUUCAUUCAGCUCAAACUACUCUCCACAAUAACACCCACUUCCACAAUCUCAAAUAACUAAUAAUAAGUGUGUCUCUUUGGGAUAGAACAAACCCAUCAAAUAUUUUUUCAUUGGGUCAUUUUUCCACUAAUAAAUUUCAAAUUUUGAUAUCUGGGUCAUUUCAUAUUUCCUUUAUCAGGUAUCACUAGUUGUUCCCUCAAAAUUUGGAUCUGUUUCUCAUAGGGGCUUCCUUUUGUUCCUAUUUACUAUUUAAUAUAAUAAUAAUAAUUAUUAUUGGUUUCUGGUUAAUCUUGGAAACGUGUUUUUUUGUUUUUGUUUUAUGAUGUUAACGUAAUUUGAAAUCAUAAACUUGCAAAGCAAAAACACUGUGUGUUUGUGGUUUGUGUGAAAACAUUUGAGAGUUGUGUAUGAUGUGAUGUGUAAUAAAGGGUUUCAAUGUUUGAGCGAGUCUGAGAAUACUGUUAUUGAUCAUAGACAACAACACUUUAUGAUGAUGGAUAGUCCCACAGCCAUUAGAUCACCGGCCACCACUGGUUCGGGUCCUGGUUCAAACGAUGAUGGCCGGCGUGUUAAAUUUUUAUGUAGCUUUUUAGGUAGCAUAAUGCCACGUCCACAAGAUGGGAAGUUACGUUAUGUAGGUGGAGAGACACGAAUUGUGAGUGUUUCUAGGGAUAUUAGUUUUGAGGAGUUGAUGGGGAAAAUGAGGGAGCUUUAUGAAGGUGUUGCUGUGUUGAAGUAUCAACAACCUGAUGAAGAUCUUGAUGCACUUGUUUCUGUUGUUAAUGAUGAUGACGUGGUUAAUAUGAUGGAAGAGUAUGAUAAGUUGGGUUCUGGUGAUGGGUUCACCAGGCUUAGGAUUUUCUUGUUUUCGCAAUCCGAGCAAGAUGGUUCGGCACAUUUUAUUGACGGGGAUGAUCCUGAGAGGAGGUAUGUGGAUGCAUUGAAUAGUUUGAACGAUGCUUCUGAGUUAAGGAGGUUGCAACAAAUGGAGUUUCCAUUGAUUGGUACUGUUGAGGAUAUCCAUGUGGGUGAUCAGUACAUUAGUCCGGUUGGUAUGGAAAAUGGGAUUCUUAGUCAGAGAAGUGGGGAGCUAGCUAUGUCACAAUAUGGUUUGCAUCAUAUGCCUAUUCAGCAUCAACAACCUAUGGGCCAGCGGUAUAAUGAAAUCGAUGCUCCGUGGAAUUCUGGUUAUUACUCUCCAAGGCAUCAUGGUCAGUGUCACCAUGAUUCUAGAACAUCAUUGGUUGAGUAUCCGUCUUCACCUUCUGGUCCAAGGUACCGAAUGCCGUUUCCUGAGAUGCCAGAUAAGGGAAUUGAUAGAGUGUCGGAUGAGUAUGCUCGACAUCACAUAAACCACCAUCCUGUGUAUGAUAAUCAACCGCCGUAUCCGGAAAACGUUGUUUGGUUGCCGACUGGACCAGCUCAUGGUGGUGAUAAGUCUGGUUUUCCAGGCAACGUUCUUCAUGGCUCCCAUGCUCUUGAUGGGAAUAAUAUAUGCGAGCACUGUCGUAUGAGUUUUCAGAGGCCUCAACCACAUUUAGAGCAUCCUAAUAUGCUUCCAUCUGUUGCCAUUCCAUGUCCAGAAUGUCCUUCAAGCAGGGAUGCUCUCAUAGUGAAUGCUGAUGCCAAGUUACAACCUCCUAUGUAUCCCAAUGAUACUCAGAAUCAUGAGAGAGGAUGUGGUUUGCAGCAUCAGAAUUCUGGAAGAGUGGGUGAUCAUUACGUUGGUGAUGUUCCUAUCAUUAGUUUCUCUCCCGGACAUGGUAGCAUGAUUGAUGGACAUGCUCUUCCUUCCAAUCAUGUUCAUCAACCGGUUGGACCUGAAUUGGGGGUUGAACUGUUCCCUGACCAAACCAUGGCUAAUAUACCACAUCUAAAAAUUCCUCCACUGGAAGAAUCCAGUGUGCAGUAUGGAAAUCCACCUUCUCCUUAUGGAGUAGAUAAUAACUAUGCCAUGCCUCGUGGACAAGCACCUGGUUAUACUCUCUGGAGAAACGGGCCGACUCCGGUUCAUAUUGGACCACCGCAUGAGGCAACUACGCUACCUCAGCCGGUUGAUGGUGUGAUAAAUGCUGGAAUAAUCAGGGGAGAGGGCAGUCCAGGAUUUUUUGUUGGACCAGAUAGUCAAAGUCUUUGGGUUGAUUCGUCACAGAAAUUUUCAGGUCAUGAUGGGUCAGCCACCCCAGAAUACCCUCACACAAAUGCUCCAAAGUUGAAUCCAAUGGCUAUUGGUCAGGAAAAUCCACACCCGAUUAUUGUAGAUGCCAUCCAUCCUCCACAGGACGUAAACGCUAGUAUCUACAUGGAACCUGUGCAGCUGCAAAAAUCUUCAUUUCAUAUGGUUCACAAUAAUGGGGUUUUAAAAAAUGAUGCUCAUUUGACUGAAGGGGUUAGUUUGCAAUCUAUAAGUUUGCUUGGAGAAAGACAAGAAGCAAAAAAAGAGGAUGCAGUUGAAAAAUCUAAUGUGCAAAGUAUAUCUUUUCCAGAACAAAAUCAAAUUGUUGAAGAUGUGUCCAACACCGCUGCUUCUGUUGCUGAAUGUAAUGAUUCAUUUUUGAAACCUGCAUCAGGGUGUGAACAUGGGGAGAAAGUGGCUGAUAAGGAUUGUUCUGCUCCUGAAGAUUCCAAAGGUUUAGUUGAUCAAUUUAAUAUCUUGCCUGAGUUGAUUGCUUCUGUUAAAAAGGCUGCGUUAGAAUGCCACGACGAGGUGAAACCUACAGGUAAAGAGAAUGCCAAUUGUCAGAUGGACAAUUCGAAUACCAAAGAAGAAAAGGCAAAUGAAGUUGAACCAGUGAAUGUUCAUGGUGAUUUAGAAUUGGACUCUGAAAACGACCGCGUAGAUACUUCUAAAAUCGAGCCUACGAAGGCUGAGGCAGAAGCAAUUGCCAGGGGAUUGCAGACGAUUAAAAAUGAUGAUUUGGAGGAGAUCCGAGAGCUAGGUUCUGGAACUUAUGGAGCUGUUUAUCAUGGGAAGUGGAAAGGUUCUGAUGUCGCCAUUAAGAGAAUAAAAGCUAGUUGUUUUGCUGGAAGACCAUCCGAAAGAGCAAGACUGAUUGCCGAUUUCUGGAAGGAGGCAUUGAUGCUUAGUUCAUUGCAUCAUCCAAAUGUUGUCUCUUUCUAUGGUAUUGUUCGUGAUGGCCCUGAUGGCUCUUUAGCAACAGUGACUGAAUUCAUGGUUAAUGGAUCUUUGAAACAAUUCUUGCACAAGAAGGACAGAACGAUAGAUCGACGGAAGAGGCUCAUUAUAGCCAUGGAUGCUGCAUUUGGGAUGGAGUAUUUGCAUGGAAAGAACAUUGUUCAUUUUGAUUUGAAAUGCGAGAAUCUAUUGGUAAAUAUGAGAGAUCCACAAAGGCCUGUCUGCAAGAUUGGUGAUUUGGGUCUAUCAAAGGUUAAACAACACACUCUAGUGUCAGGAGGGGUACGCGGAACUUUGCCGUGGAUGGCACCCGAACUUCUUAGCGGGAAAAGCAAUAUGGUGUCAGAAAAGAUUGAUGUUUACUCGUUCGGGAUAGUGAUGUGGGAAUUACUCACCGGCGAUGAACCUUAUGCUGAUAUGCAUUGUGCUUCAAUAAUAGGAGGAAUUGUGAACAACACUUUACGUCCACAAAUCCCGACAUGGUGUGAUCCUGAGUGGAAAUCUCUCAUGGAGAGUUCUUGGGCCUCUGAUCCUGUAGAAAGGCCAUCAUUUUCAGAAAUUUCCAAGAAGCUGAGGAGUAUGGCUGCUUCAGUGAAUGUGAAAUAGUCAACUGAUCUUGAAACACUCAACCGCGCUUCUUACAUCAUACGUAGCCUAUGAUUGGUAAUCAACGGGAAAUAAGGUGAAGCGUGGUUCUUCCCGUUCAAGGCGCCAACAAACUUAUCUUUAAAAGGGAAAAAUAUAUAUUUAAAGGAGCAUUCAACCUUAUACAGGCUUGUGUUGUAAUAUCAAAUCAUGCCUUGGUUUAGUCUAAACAGUCUUUUAUAUUAUUGCCUUUAAUGGUAUUUACCUUAGUGCAGUUAAGUGCACUUUAGUAUGGAUUUUCUCCGGUAGUAGCAGCAUGGUGGGAGUAUCAGUAUGUCACAUUUUUUUCACGUGAUAAUCAACUGAGGAGGAACCAUGCUGUCUGGAGGGAUGUGUAUAUAGUUAACCAACAUGUCUCUUGUGUUUCAUAUGGAGAGGAUAAUGAUGAAUUAUGCUUUCCAUGUGGAGAUGGAACAAAUUCAUUUUGUCAUCUUCAUUUUAUUGAAUUGCUUCAUUAUAUUUAUAUGAUACAUAUUUUCAAUCAUAUGAAUCUGCAUACUCAAUUAUGUGCAUUGGCUCUUGAAGCUGUAUAAAUAAAGUUAUUUUUUAUACAAA